UAUUUCACUGAACAGCAAAGCUUCCCUAGAGAACUCGCCAUUGGGUUUUGGGAACUCUCGCUCGCUCUCCACAUUCCACCGUCACCGAAACAAAACAAAUUGGUCGUCUCUGCCCUUAUUUUAAUACCCCUUUUUAUUUUGGUUGUGAAGAGGCUCCCCUUCCCACUUCUGUCCCGUGUUAAUAGAGUUAGGGUUUCCGAGGCGUUUCUGCUUCGACAGAAGGAUGAUGCAGGAACCGACCUCUUCUUUUCCGAAGAAAUUCUCCGUUGUUUUCUCCUGAAUAACCUUCAUCCAAUCCACGCAUGGCUUGAAUUAGGUUUUUAUUCCAGGGGUGGCAGUCCCGCCAUGGAAAGGUAUAAUGGUUCUGCACAUGGAAGUACAGAAAAACAUCUGGUUCAAGGUAAUGAGUCAAAUCCGCAUCUAAUAGCUCCACCUCUUGAACAAAUUGAAAUUAUGGACAACAAAGGCGUCCCUGAGUUCAUUGUUGACCAGGGCAUAUACUAUCCUACUGCCACCGAUUAUUAUGGGUAUUACUGUACAGGAUUUGAAUCACCUGGCGAAUGGGAUGACCACCACAAGUUUUUUGCAUCAGAUGGUCAAGAUCUCCAUUAUGCGGGUUUGCAAACUGAAAGUUUGCCUUAUGUAUAUUAUACACCUAGCUAUGGAUAUGCACAGUCUCCAUACAAUCCAUACAAUCCUUACAUACCUGGUGCUAUUGUAGGAAUUGAUAGCCCGCUCGUAGGAACUCAACCAUAUUAUACCAGCCCUACUUAUCAUCCGCCUGUAUCAUCACCUACCUAUUUCCCUAUUAUUGUUCAAUCUGGAGCAGAUGUUGCCCAAAAUAGAUCACCAGGCGCCACUUUGUUAAGUACAGCUGCAUCAAAUGCUAGUAGAUCUGAUGGCCCAAGUUUAAAACAUAAUUAUACAUCAGCAUCUAUAGUGACAACCACUGUCCCUACAAAGUCUACUUUUGGGCAUGUGAAAGCUGAACCUGUUGAAACUGCUUCAAAUUCCUUGACUAAGACAUCCGAAGUGUUAAACGCGAAUGCAACAUCCAGUAAGCAGCCUGCAUUGCAUGGAAGUAUGCUCCCUGGUACUGUCCAUUCGGUUUCAUCACUUGUCAACCAGGCAAAAGGUGUAGGUGCAAUUCAAGCUGCUGAUCACUUGUCACCUGGGAGGGGUUCAUCUUUUCGUAAUUCUUUAAAAUUUUCACUGCCUGUUCAUAAUUUGUCAGACUUUGGAUCAAAUGGGCAUGGAUGGGCCACAGCUGAUAAGAUGAGGUCAAGGCUGCCUUAUGGAGGAAUAUUAAACAGUGUUAAUGGAAGUUCAGAUAUGUUGGGAGAACAGAACCGGGGACCUAGAACAAACAGACCAAAAGGUCAAUGGAUAUCACCCAUCUCAGUUAAGGCCUACACAACUAAGGCUGGGGUUAGUAAUGCACAAGGAAAUAUAACUAUAUAUCCUGAUCAGUAUAACAGAGAGGAUUUUUCAGUAAACUAUAUAAAUGCUAAAUUCUUUGUAAUCAAGUCCUACAGCGAGGAUGAUGUACAUAAGAGCAUUAAGUAUAGUGUUUGGUCAAGUACACCUAAUGGAAACAAAAGGCUGGACAGUGCAUAUGAGGAUGCAAAGAAAAUAGCUGCUGGUAAACCAAGGGGUUGUCCUGUCUUCCUGUUCUUCUCUGUUAAUGCAAGUGGGCUGUUCUGUGGGGUUGCGGAGAUGACUGGUCCUGUUGACUUCCAGAAAGACAUGGAUUUCUGGCAGCAAGAUAAAUGGAAUGGUAGCUUCCCCGUGAAGUGGCACAUGAUAAAAGAUGUACCAAACGCUAAUUUUAGGCACAUCAUAUUAGAGAACAAUGACAAUAAGCCAGUGACUAAUAGCAGAGACACACAGGAGAUAAAUUACAGGCAAGGCAUGGAGAUGCUGAAUAUUUUCAAAGAUUACACUUUGAAGACUUCUAUACUGGAUGACUUUAUGUACUAUGAAGAGCGGCAGAAGAUUAUGCAAGAAGAGAAGGCCAGACUACUUACUAAAAGCUAUGAUGGUUCUUUUUUCAUACCUACGUUUGUUCCUCCCAGCAGAACAAAUGUUACGGUUGAUGUGCCUCUGAAAGCAAAUAUUACACCCACUAAGAUUUAUGAUGCUAACAGCUCAGGGAAGACUGUGGUCACUACUAAUGAGCAGGUUCCCCUGAAUUCUGAUACCACAAACUCAUCUGGUAUCAGAAAUGACAAUCCUAAGCACGAGUUUGAAGAUUCAAAUGACGUGACAAGUGGGUUGAAAGUUGGUUCUCUGACCAUUAAGCCAAAGGAAGAUAAUGCUGAAGUGUCGGCAGUAUCUGUGAAAGCAGUGGAAGCUGAACCUGUUGAUGUCGUUACAGUGGGUUCAAUGCCUGUCAAGGUUAAUAGGUUUGAUUCUUCAUCCAGGAUUUUGACAGUGGGAACCAUUGAAAUUGAUCCUAAAGCACUAAAGCUUGGUAAGGGCGAUAGUUUUGCCUCAACUGGCUCAACAGUUUUAUGAUAAAAAGAGAUAUCCUGGAAUUGGAGGGGUUUAUCUAAUUAACGGCUGUUAAAAGUGGGGGUAGCUUUUCCUUCUGAACAAAUCCUGUGCUGUCGCCCACUCAUCACUGGAAUGUAGGUGGUGGUCAUGUUGCACAAAUUAUCGUUAUUUAAGCUUCAUAUUUGUUCCGUAGCAGAUGAUUAUAUCAAAGGGUUCAUUGUUACUUGUGCUAUUUUUUAUAGUAAACUUGUCUUCGUCCAUAGUAAUAUACUCCAAAAUGCAAAAUGGUUUGGAAAUAGUGGGAAGGGAGAGGAGGGUCGGUCUUUUGGCCCUGAAAUUUAGUUGUGCAAGUUAUACAUUUAUUAUUAACGAUUUCUUUUCGUCCAGUCGUUCCAUUUAUUCUAUAGAUUCAAUAUACAUGUAAGAGUUCCCAUUGCUCAUA